AUGUUUUUCAGUGAGGACGAGCCAACCGCAGAAGAGGCAAAAUGUGAGCGAGAUUAUAAAGCCUUAUGGAAAUGGGCUUAUGAAGAAGUUUGUCGUGUGCAUUCUAUUCGGGUUAGUCAAGUUUUUUCAUACUUUUCCACCUUCUUACAUUAUUUACCGAAUUUUGCGAGCAUGAAAAACGUAACUAUUGAUGCUCGUUUCAAAAUUGACUGGUUUAUAAUUUGUAUGCUGCUGUGUCACAUUCAGCAUAAGGAAGAGUCGACACAUUAA